AAAAUAAAUUACACCAUUCCAAAGUGAGAGGAUGGACCUUGGUGCGUUCAAAUCAUUGUCAUGACAAUCUAUCAAUGAGAUUCACUGUGACUAGCCACUAAAAGGACAUUCACUGUGUGAUAAGCCCAUUCUCAGGACAUUGUGCUGUGCACUAUUCGUUGGAAAACCUCGAAAUCAAUGAAAACACACGGAUGCUACCGUCAAAGAUGAAAGAGUGACAACAAGCCUCAGAGAGUGAUAAUCUCAACAUGUCGAAUGACAGCCCCCUCGACGACCAGGAAAAUCUCCAGGAAAUAGGACAAGAUUCUCCAUCAACAACCCUAACUAACUAUCGUCUUCCAGCAAUUGAGAUCCCAGCCUACCCCACCCUAGAUUCAUUAAAUGACUCAAUAUCAUCUUCCUCAAGAGCCCCUAGACUGGGGAGUAGAUCAGUGAGAUUCCAUCCACCAAUAGACCCAUCGAAUCAAGCCGAUAUGUCCGACAGGGAGUGCAUCCUCGUGUAUUCAUCGAAUCAAGGAUAUCGAAGAGACUGCAACAGUGAUUCAUUCGAUGUGUCAGACACUCAAGCAGCGGCUAUAUCCUCCGAGGAGGAAUUAACCUGCAAUUCCACCUCCAACAUCGAUCAGGAAUUAUCAAUAGACGUUACUGAUGGUGCAUCAACACCAAAUCACACGUCAUUGAGCUCUGAUGAGGAUAAAAGAUAUUGUUGGGUAUGUUUUGCCACUGACGAAGACGAUGCAACAGCAUCAUGGGUUAAACCAUGCCACUGUCGUGGAACAGCAAAAUGGGUACAUCAGGGAUGUAUACAACGAUGGGUAGAUGAGAAACAAAAAGGCCGAGCUGGAGCGUAUGUCGCAUGCCCUCAAUGUAACACCGAGUACAUAAUUGUUUAUCCAAAUAUGGGCUCUUUAGUAGUUAUUCUGGACACAAUCGAUGGAGUUAUAUUUCGAGUGUGUCCAUUUAUAGCUGCAAGUAUCGUCGUUGGAUCUAUUUACUGGACAGCUGUGACAUAUGGUGCUGUUACAGUGAUGCAAGUGGUUGGACACAAGGAUGGACUCACAAUGAUGGAACAGGCUGAUCCACUAGUACUAUUAGUGGGUUUACCCACUAUUCCAAUUAUGCUAGUCCUUGGUAAAAUGCUCAAGUGGGAGGAUCAGGCCCUGAGUUUGCUCAGGAGGCACGCCUGCAAGGUACCUAUUCUCAGACAUUUUCUACCCAGUGCCUACGCUAUUGACGAUAGAACCCAAUCACACGAUGUACCACCAAUGUCAGAUCCUGUUUCGGCUACCAGAAUAGUAUGUGGUGCAUUAUUGUUACCCACUAUUGCCAGCAUUUGUGGUAGAAUAUUCUUCGAAAGCAUUAAUUCUAAUUUUCAACGUACUUUACUCGGUGGUAUUGCAUUCAUCACGAUUAAGGGGGCGUUUAAAAUAUAUCAUAAACAACAGCAGUAUGUGAGACAGUGCCAGAGACGGAUUAUGGAUUACACGGAGAGUAAUGUCGCCAUGUACAGGAGACAACAAAAUUCCGAGAAUAGUCAGACUAGCUAAAUUGAGAUGAUACACGAGGAAUGAAAUUAAUUGAUAAAUUAAUUUCUAUGAUAAAUAUUCUUGUGAAUUAAUCAGUUGUAAAAAAAAAAAACAAAUUGCAUUAUUGAUGGGAUUGUAAUGAUAUAGGCAGUUAUAGGCGAACGAGGUAAUUAUCAAAGUGGAGAAUUUUUAUUUUUGUUCUAUAGACGAUUUAUCUAUUCAUCGUACUGCCCUCGUUUUGUACAACUUGAAAGGAAAUGAAGUUAAUUAUGAGAAAACGGUAAUUCUCAUAUUAUUAUGAACAAUGGACAUUGAGUAGAGUAUCCAUAUCUUAUGAAAGAUUAAUAGGAAUAUAAUUACUCCCUUCAUUCCUUCGUAAUGAAGACUUUGUUGAUGCGCGGAGUUUUUUGAACUGAAUUCAUAACGAUGAAUUUUAUUUUACAAUAAAGAUGUAGAUAAUGGAAAUAAAUUUCAGCUUGGUUCGAAGCAUUUAUAAGAUGA